GGAAUCUUCCCUCCGCUCUGAGGACCUAGGCGUCCCGCCUGAGCGCAGGGCCCAGGGGGACCCCUGGGAGGGAUCCUGAAGCCGAACGCAGACGCCCGCCGGGAGGCUGAGCCGCGAGCGCCAACUCUGCGCACCUCCGCUGUGCCCCUGCCCUGGCGGGACGACCCCGUGCUCCGUCGUCUCUGGGGUCCUGCGGGGCGCGCCCCCUCCUCACCGGUCCCGCCGGAGCCCAGCCAAGGUGGCUUUUGGCCCGCCUCCCUGUCCUUCCUCCUCCUCCUCUGCUCCCUCUCCUCCGCCCGCCCCCUUCUCGCCCCUCUUUUUCCCUGAUCCUUGCUCAGCCCAGCCUCGGGGCGCACCUGAUCUGCCCCCUCCUCCCUCCCUCUUCCUUCUCCACCUCCUCCCUGGGGGGCCUUUGCCUGGGAAGGGGCCCAGGAAGCCGGGAUGCGGGUCCCCCUCGGACAGUGACCAGGUUUAGGAAGGACACGCGCCCCCAUGGCCAAGUGGCUGAGGGACUACCUGAGCUUCGGCGGCCGGCGGCCCCCUCCGCAGCCGCCCACCCCGGACUACUCUGAGAGUGACAUCCUUAGAGCCUACCGCGAGCAAAAGAACCUGGACUUUGAGGACCCCUACGAGGACGCCGACAGCCGCCAGGACCCCGACCCCACGGGCCCUGGAGACCCUACGGGCCCCGCAGACUCCUCCAAGUACGAUUCUCCCAAACACCGGCUCAUCAAGGUGGACGCAUCGGACAUGGCCAAGGCCAAGGCCUUCCUGGACAGCCCUGAGGAGGAGGUGCGUGAGCUGCCCGGCAGGGUAGUGCAGCUGUAUGAUACCCCCUAUGAGGAACAGGACCAAGAGGCAGGGGAGGAACCCCUUUCCGGGGGGCAGAAGCCUCUGCAGAGCCGCCUGCCCCAGGAGGAUGAGCGUCCGGCCGAGGAGUACGACCAGCCCUGGGAGUGGAAAAAGGAGCACAUCUCCAGGGCCUUUGCAGGAGCCAUCUCCUCGCCCCUUCCCAGGUGGUUCCACGGCCCGCUGAGCCGGGCGGAUGCGGAGAACCUGCUGUCUCUCUGUAGGGAAGGCAGCUACCUCGUGCGUCUGAGCGAGACCAGCCCCCAGGACUGCUCCUUGUCCCUCAGGAGCAGCCAAGGUUUUCUGCACCUGAAGUUUGCACGCAUCCGGGAGAACCAGGUGGUGCUGGGCCAGCACAGCGGCCUCUUCCCCAGCGUGCCUGAGCUGCUGCUCCACUACAGCGCCCGCCCGCUGCCCGUGCAGGGCGCCGAGCACCUGGCCCUGCUCUACCCGGUCACCACCACGCAGCCCCCCUGACCAGGCUCACCGCCAGCUGGCUGUCGUCUGGAAGGAGGGAGUGGGACACACAGCCUAGUGGACAGAUGCCCCACGCCAGGGGAUGAGUUGGGAAUGCCAUGCCAGCCUGCUGCUGGGUUUUAGGGCCCAGAACUGCCCCUCAGAACCCCCCUGGGCCUGGAAAAUAAAUAAGCUAUUGU